GCCCAACUGUUUUCGCCUAAAGUAGGGCGUCUGAGCAGCCAGGCAAGCAAUGCCUUUACCUUCACACUGGAAGUUUCGGACUUAAAAUACCUGCCUGCUACUAUGACUUUGCCUCAUUCCCUUCCACAAACUCCGUCAUGUUGACAUCCCGCUCCAUCAUGUUUGCGCUGUUCAGCUUCCUCGUUGGCGUCAAUGCGUGUGUGCAGUGCCCAUCCGCAGUGCCAUUGAAUUACAAGUCUAUGGUCGCGCUCCUUACCAAUACCAUCCCAGAACGCAUACUUACAACUUGCCUUUACGACCUCAAGAGUCAGGGUAAAACCGGCAACCCAGUGUUAUGUCACUAUUACACCUCGACCGGCAAGCUUUUAAAUGGGUAUCCGAAUUGUCCGGCUACAGCAAAUGUGAAGAGUCACUGCUGAACGUGACGUGAAGAGGUGGGGGAGACGAGACACUCGACAGGAGGAACAAU